UUUAACAUUUAAAUUCUCGGGCAACAGCUGUGGUGGAUGUUCCUUCAGUGAGCAUGCCAAUUGCACGCUCCCUCAACUUGAUCACAGAAAUGUUCCAUAUGCACAAAAAACGUAUUUCUCUCAUAUGUUGUGCACAAAUUGGUUUACAUCCCUGUUAGUGAGCAUUUCACCUUCUGCUACCAUUUCUGUCAAGCCGUCUUCUUCGCAUACAAUUUGAUGCAUAUGUUCGAUAAAUCCACCAUAUGCACCACACAGAACGCACUGCAACUGCCUAUUCAAUGCAAUGCUGCAAGGCAAAAGCAGCGUUCCAUUAGAAAUGAAUGUACUUCUGGUGUACCAAAACGAAUCCCUUCUUAGUUGCGGCAGAAUCCCUUAGUUGUGGUCAAAUAAGCUAGUUCUUUGUGUGUGCAAGGUGUAAUUUAUCCAAAAUAAACAACUUUUGAACACUUUUUCUGUUUACCGCCAGACUACUUCUGGUUCAUGUGCAUGCGUUGGAUCUGCACUACGAGCUUCAUUGAGCAUCCGACGCUACAUGCAUGGGCUAGCAUCAAAGUGAGCCAGCAGUGUCACCAGGCACAGCUUUGUGGCUGCAGUUUCACCAAGAUGUACAUAAUGGAGCUGAUCCAUCUUAUGACAUUUUCAUAUGCUAAAAACUCUUCAUUUACAUGUAUUGCAUGUGUUUGAUAAUGUGUUUAGCUCUUGUCGGUAAGAAGGUGGUCAAUUUGAAACAAGCCAUACUCCAGGCUUAGAAGGAGCCUAGUCCCAUGUGGCUCCCUUUCCACCUCAACCUGGUAGGUCAGCUGACUUGUGUUGAUCAUCCAUGUAAAUGUAUGCGAUGUGGAAAGUAAACAGUUAAUUAAUAUGAUUUCAGGGUAUGAAAUAAGUCAUUUCUUUAUUUCACUAUGUUCCAGAGGCUCUUAUGGAGCAGGCAAUGAUUGGCCCUUCUCCCAACCCGCUCAUCUUGUCCUACCUAAAGUAUGCCAUCAGUUCCCGGGGAGCUCUGCGUCAAGUCCCUGUUGUAGAUUCUGGACAUGUGCUCCCACCGUCUCAGUGUGGUUGCUGACAGGCUGUGCCUGGUACUGCGAGAGGCUCGGGGAGCUGGGGCCAGCGGCCAGCACUGAAGCCAGCCAUAGGGCCUGCCAGGAGAGGCUAAGGGACCUGGUGAACAGGACCAAGAACAGGGCCCUGGUCCACAUCGCAUGCCUGGAGAACCAAGCCUCCUGGACCAAUGUGGAGCAAGCUUUUCUCAAAGUGACAGAGGGCCUCAACAGUCUAACCAAUCAGACACUGAGAGGCAAGCUGGAAGUGUGUAUUUCAUUGGUGAAGAGUAUUCCUACGAUAGUGUUGGAACAGUCCGACCCCCUGCAUCACUCAUCGUUCCCCUCGGUCCACGCCUUCAUCGUGCUGGAAGGAACCAUGAACCUGACGGGGGAGACUCAGCCACUGAUGGAACAGCUGAUGAUGAUCAAGAGGGUGCAGCGUAUCCCUGCGCCACGCUUUGUGUUGGAGAUGAAGACGUGUUUCACUGGCCUCAUGUCACCAGAGGGCACUGAAGAGUUGAAGUGGACCGCCUUCACCAUCCUCGAGACUGAAGAAGACAGGGUGUACUCCCCACGGCUGAAGACUGCAGAAAAUGCCAACAUCAACCCAGGCCUCAUCCUGUGAGCCGAGCCCACCGUCACCAACAUCCUCAAGACAGUGGACGCAGACCACUCCAAGUCUCCAGAGGGCUUGCUGGUUGUGCAGUGACACAUGCUGUCUGGAAAAGGCAUGGACCCCCUCCUGGCUGCAAUUGCAGCCACGGGAAAACUCACAUCCUUUGCCCGGAUGUUCAUCAAGCUGAAUGAGUUUCUGAAGCACUUCAGUGGAGAAGGAUUCGUCCUCGGUGCGAGCCCUGCUGUUCGACAUAUCCUUCUUCAUGCAGUGUCACGGGUUGCAGACCUACGGAUCAGAAGUGAUCCUGUCGGACCUCGGCCCCUCGGAGGAGAGCAAGACCCUGAACCCAGACCACCCCCGCUUUAGGAUGGAGUCUGGCAAGGUGGAGAGCCUGGUGGCCCUCCUCAACAAUGCCACUGAGCUGAAGCUAGUGAGCUGCUGAAGGAGACUCGCCAGGAGUGGUCCAACCGGGUGGUGCAGCUGCUUUACAGCAUUUUCUGCCUGGACACCCAGCCGAUCACCUUCACCCUGCUGGGCCACACCCUGCUCACAGACUUGGCCUACUGGCACAGCCUGGCAGACCCGCCCAGCAAGGCCCUGGCCAAGUGACCGCUUCAUGUCCACCUCCCUAUCGGCCUCCCAGCUCCAGACGGUCAACAUGAGGGACCCUCUCAACCACGUCCUAGCCAACCGGUUCCUGCUGAUCUCAUCUGUCCUGGGCUCCAAGACAGUGGGGCCACACACCCAGUUUGUGCAGAACUUCAUGAAGGAGUGUGUGGAGUGCCUGGAACAGGGCAGCUGUGGGAGCAUCUUGCACCAUGGUGAGUGGGAGAGAGGGGAGUUGACCGUGGGGAGAUGAACUGUGGUAGUCUAGGGGAAGGAGAGUAGUUAUGUAGUGAUAACAGUUGAUUGUUAGUUCUACGCAACUUAGGUAAGAAAUGUGACCUCGACAUGGGAUUUUUACUCAACACAUUCUGGGGAGACAUAUUCCUGCAAUGAGAUUUUUUUUCAUUUAUUUUGAUAAUGAUAAUUUUACUAUUUCUACCUUCUAUGUUUAAAAAAAAUCUUAGAACAUCUGGCCCCAAGUAUCUAGCUGACCUCAUUCUUGCAUCCACACUUUUAUAAUGAUGCUUUUAAUGUAUGAUUUUUUUAAAUUACUUCUCAUUCCUCUUGUUUCUUUGUUCAUACUUUUAUUGAAUGUAUUAUUUUAUGAUUUGAAGAGCUACAUUUGAAGUUGGAAGUUUACAUAAACCUAAGCCAAAUACAUUUAAACUUGGUUUUUCACAAUUCCUGACAUUUAAUCCUAGAAAUAAUUCAGUUUUAUGUCAGUUAGGAUCACCACAAGAAUGUGA